AAGUUAUUCAUCAAGCUAAGUGAAAUGUGAAAAAUUAUUUCGUAGAGAUAACAUUUUUGUCAGUAUUAGUUCCUUUUAAUAUAAAUUUGAACAAUGGAGAGUACCAAAAUUGAGGGACAACAAGAAACUGUUAUGUACUCGCAACUUCAACCAUGGACUACGGUGGGUGUUCUACCAUGUAUGGAACAAAUUAUUGGUCCACCGAUUCCGGUUAGAGUUGGAGAAUUUCAUAAAACUCCAAAACCACAUCCAUGGCGUCCUACUUUAGGAUAUGAAAUCGUAGAAACAUCUCCGCUACCUGCACAACCUAUGACAAAUUUACUUGCUAAUACCUGUUAUAUGCCAAAAGGAAUGACUACGGAACCGUUACGAUUUCCUAAUCUGGUAACUGGUUUCGAUAGAAAUCCUGCACACGCCGCACGAGCUGCACUUUUUACAAGAUAUGGUCCAUACGAAUGGGUGGAGAAUCAGCUAAAACUUUAUAAUGAAUCUGAUAGCAACAGAAAUUUCUCUGAAAAUUUAAGAGCGGAUACUGUUCGAAUGAUGCGAGAGGCCGAUGAGAAAGUACAGAACGGCCAAACUGAAAGCGGUCGUAAAUUGGGAGAAAGAAUUACGGAUACUACUUUUUGGAGGAAUGAAGUGGCUUCAGAACUGGAAAGAUUAAUAAUAGAAAAUACAAGAAUGCAAGAGUGCCGUCGAAACUUACAAACAACGAUACAAAGUUUAGAGGGUCAACUGCACAUAGCGCAGGAAUGUUUAUAUUAUCGUGAAGCUAGGACAGGUUCUGAUUUGGUACAUGACCAAGCUGAGCACGUUCUUUUAAAAGAGGUUGAGGUAGUCAGAAAUUGUCAAAAUAAGUUAGAACACUUUACGGACAAAUGUGUUAAUCAGCUUACAAACAGUAGAGCAGUACAAAAUCAGUUAGAAAUUGAUAUAAAAAAUAAAGAAACUGCACUUGGAAUUGAUGUUACUUGUCACCAAAUGAAUAAUUUCAGUCGUGGAUUAAAAUAUUACGGUGGUAUUGAAAAAUAUGAUCCAAGUGUUACAGAAGCCGAAUCAUGGGCUGAAGCUUCCAAUAAUGUAGUAAAAAAAUCACAAAAAGAACGGGAGAAAUCUAAUCAAUUACGAAGCGAUAUAGAAGUCGCGAUAGAUGCAGUUGGUCAUGAGAUGUGGGAAGCAUGGGGAAAUACAAAUAAUGCAUUAGCCAGGAGAGCUGCAGAAAUGCUUGAAGCAAAAGAAAAAUUACAAAUACAUUUGCAUAAAAUCCAACAAGAAAUUUUUGCAAUUGAAAAAAAUCUACAAUUAAUGCAAAAAGCCAUCACAGAUAAAAGUUCUGCUCUUAAAGUCGCACACACUCGAUUAGAAAGCAGAAUACAUCGACCAGCUGCAGAAUUAUGUAAAGAUCAUGCUCAACUUAGGAUGAUUGAGGAAGUAGAAACAAUAAAUACAAUGAUACAUGAUAUGAAUUUAAAAUUACAAAGAUUUGAAGCACAACAUCAACAACUUUUACGCACUAGGUCUAAUUUAGAAAGUGAUUUAAAAUCCAAAGUUGAUUCAUUAUUUAUUGAUAGGGAAAAGUGUAUGGGCAUGCGAAGAAGUUAUCCGAUUGCAUCAGUUAUAAAGUUUUGAAUCAUAUAUGCAACACGUUUCUAACUGUAAAUAUAUCAAAAACGAUGUCAUUUAUUUGUUCUGUUUAUUCUUUUUUAUAAUAUCAUACAUAAAAAACUUAUUUUAUCGUUCGACUGUUUUGUAAAAGUGUAAUAAAAAUAGCUUUUUACUCUUUUAA